GCUAAUCUUCGUAAAAAUGCCCAUUGCGUAAAUUAGAUUAUUUGUCUAUAUUCUAUCACGCUACGCGCAACGUUUUACCAGUGCUGCACGACGAAGAAACUUGACAUUGCCGUUAAUGCAAGAAGUAAGAGCGAGAUGGCUUCAACGAUGGUACGAGCAAUAAACGGCGGCGGCGCUUUUGUGACUCUCCGCACCUACGGCCAUACCACUUUCAUUCGAAUUGAUAUUGCAGACAGUAGCGAGGACUGCCCGCAGUCCAAGUGCAGCGAGCAUUACUUUCAAAAUUUUGUGAAUAACCCUUUUUCGAUAAUGACGAAUUCUAAAGGUAUGGAUGAUGAACUGUCGACCCGUAAAGGUCUUUUAACAGUUAGCCUAAUUUUUAUACUAUCAACGACAGCAUUGUUCUACGUUUACACAAGCUUUCCAGAUCUAAAGCCUGAAGAGAAACAGCAUUUAAAAUUGCCUCUUGAUAUUGAGGAUGCAAAGAAUUUGGGAAGACUUCUGGAAUCUUACAAAGAUUUGUAUUAUAUUCAAGUGUUGACAGGACUUUUUGUCACAUAUAUAUUUCUUCAAACUUUUGCAAUUCCAGGCUCAAUCUUUCUAUCUAUUCUCUCAGGAUUUUUAUUCCCAUUCCUGUUAGCUCUCACCCUUGUGUGUACCUGCAGUGCAAUUGGAGCUAGUCUGUGUUAUUUACUUUCAACAUUGGUAGGCAGAAGACUUAUACGUAAAUAUUUCCCAGAAAAAGCAAAAUCUUGGUCAGAAGCUGUGCAUAAACAUAAGGAUAAUUUACUGAAUUAUAUGCUGUUUUUAAGAAUCACACCACUGUUACCUAAUUGGUUCAUAAACCUAGCAAGCCCAGUAGUUGGUGUACCAAUGUGGCCUUUUAUACUUGGUACAUUUUUGGGUGUUGCACCACCUUCAUUUGUUGCUAUACAAGCAGGACAAACAUUGAAUAAGUUAACAUCUUCUACUGAUGCCUUUUCAUUAAAUAGUAUUAUUUUACUAAUUGUCUUUGCAUUACUGUCACUUGUACCAGUUAUAUUUAAACGACAAAUCAGAGAGAAAUUUGAGUGAAUGUUAUAUAUACAAAUGCUAUUUGGAAUUCUGAAAUCAAGACUAAUUUUAUUAUUUACAUCUAAUUUUUGUACAAAUUAGAUAGUCAACUGCAAUUCUGUAUGGCAGAAUUCUUCAUUGAAUUCCUAAACUAUUUUUUCAUUAUAUGUGGUUUGAAAAAAUACUAUUCAUGUUCAUAAUUAGGAGACUUUUCUAGUUGAAAUAAUUCUAAUUAUUUUAAUUAAUACCUCGAUUUGCUGUUAUACGUGUAAUAUUUGUAUAUGAGUGUACAUAAG